AUGGGAAAGAAAACAAAAGUAGGAAAGCAAAGGAAAGAUAAAUAUUAUCAGCUUGCGAAGGAAACUGGGUUUCGUUCACGCGCGGCGUUCAAAUUAAUCCAGUUAAAUCGAAAGUUUGGUUUCCUUCAAAAAUCACGAAUAUGCAUAGACUUAUGUGCAGCUCCAGGUGGGUGGAUGCAGGUGGCUCACCAAAACAUGCCUCUUUCAAGUAUUGUCAUAGGUAUAGACUUGUUUCCAAUAAAGCCUAUUCCAGGCUGCAUAAGUAUUACAGAAGACAUUACAACUGAAAAGUGUAAAACAGCUAUAAAAAAGGAAAUCAAAACUUGGAAAGCAGAUGUAGUAUUGAAUGAUGGGUACAUUGCUCCCGAUAGCAUUGAUCCGAAAUUGCUAGAUGCUAAAUAUGUGUUUGAAGACUUAGAAAUAGUAAAGAAAACACACAACAAUAUCUUGCACCCUGAAAAACAAAAGAAAGCAAAAGCAGAGGGUUAUAAAGAAAAUGAUUACACAACACAUCAUAAAGUCAUGCUGUCUGAAUUUCUGGCUAAAGAAGAUCCAAUUGACUUACUCCAAGAAUGUUCAGAGAUUGUCAUUGAUGAUGAAGAUGUGCAUAAUCAUCCCAAAACUACAAAAGAGAUAAAGGAGUGCUGCAAAGACAUAAAAGUAUUGGGACGAAAAGAUGUAAAAGCAAUAUUGAAUUGGUUGAAGCAUAUUAAAGAAUCUAAAAAAACUAAAGAACCCACUGAGGAAAAGGCAGAUGUUGAUGAGAAGGAGGAAGACAAAGAUGAAGCUGAUAAAGAGGAAGAAACUAUUGAUGAUGAAGUGGCUGAGUUACAGGAUGAAGAAAAACGGCUAUUGAAAAGAAAACGAAAGCAAUUAAAUAAACAAAGACAGAAAUUGGCUGAAAAGAUGAAUCUAAAAAUGGUACUAAAAGGCGAUGAUGGCCCAAUAUUGGAGAGCAAUGAUAUGUUCAGGUUAUCUGAUAUUAAGGAUGUUAAGUUUCAAUUAAAUAUGGUUAUUGAUCAAGCUCCGGACAUUGUGGCCGAGGCCAGUGAUUCUGAUGAUGAAGGGAAAGUAAAACAAAAAUACAUGAAGUAUGAUGUGGAGGACUCUAAGCUUGACUCAUCAGGACUCUUCUAUAAAGACUCUGACAGUGAGCUUGAAAUGGAGAGUGACUCAGACCAUGAAGAUAAGCAAUCUUUAGGUUUUUCAGAUUCCGAAAAUGAAUCUAAGGACAUUGACAAACUUACAAAGCUUAACACAUUAAGGAAUAGUAAAUUAAAAGCGACACCAGCUAAAGCCAAGAAGAACCCUUUACUCACAGACUUAGAUGACACUGAUCCUGUAUCAAGAAGGUCAAUGAAGGCUGAAUUGUGGUUUCAGAAGGACAGUUUUAAAGAUAUUGAUAAUGAAGAAGACGAGGGAGUGGAUUUGGAUAAAUUAGCAGCAACACAUAAGAAAAAAGGUAAAAAAGUGGCAGAUAGCAAUAUAUCUGAUCUCGGGAGCCAAAAACGGAUGAAAAGAAAACAAAGUGACUCAGAAAGUUCUAGUGAUGACAGUGAAUAUGAUGUUGAAGAGAAUGUCGCGCCUUCUGUCGAAAGUGCUGGAAAUAAAAGCGGCAAAGGGAAAGAUGGAUUUGAAGUAGUUUCUCAGGACCCAGAGUUAAAAAGGUUAAAGAAAUCAAUGAAAAUGGACGCAGAGACACUUGCGUUGGGCACAAUGAUAGCCACGUCUAAGAAGUUUAAACGCGACCUGGUUGACGACGGAUGGAACCGAUAUGCCUUCAACGACAAGAAUCUUCCAGACUGGUUUGUUGAAGAUGAAAAUAAACACAUGAAGAAGGAAGUUGUUGUUCCAGAGAAAUUUACGGAAGAAUACAAGAACAGGUUGCAAGAUAUUAACGCGCGGCCAAUAAAGAAAGUCGUAGAGGCUAAAGCGAGAAAGAAGAAGCGUAUGAUAAAGAAAAUGGAACGUGCUAAGAAGAAGGUUGAGGCCGUUAUGGAUAAUGCCGAUAUGUCAGAGCGAGAGAAAUCACAACAAGUGAGACAGCUAUAUAAGAAAGCGCAAACCGAGGUUAAGAAAAAGGUUACAUAUGUGGUCGCCAAAAAACAUACAACAGCUAAAAGAAUGAAGCGACCCACUGGUGUUAAAGGACAUUAUAAGGUGGUCGACCCGAGAAUGAAAAAAGAUCUCCGCGCCCAAAAGGCUAAGGAAAAAACAAAGGGCCGCGGGAAGAAAGGAAAUAUCAACAAAAAUAAAACUAAGAGUAGACCAGCUAAAAAGAAAGGAAAGAAAGCAAAAUAG